CUAGCUGCUGGUAAGCUGGUAACUAGCAUUCCCCUCAGACCUGGACAUCCGUCUAUAUCGUCUAUACGAUCUAUACUGAUACUCCAGUUUUCGGCAUAACAGCGCGGGUUCCUGAUCACAGAAUGUCCGCCGCUGAGAUGGACAAAGACCUCGACAUCAAGCGUACAGGCGUUCCCGAACCUUCGACCCCGCCGGCGGUGCUGUAUUCUUCAGCGGACGAUGGAGUUCCUGAAAUCUCGGAUAGAACUUCAGACAAAGCUGCGCUAUUCGCCAACCCUAUUCCCUUAACAGGCGAGCGCAAGACUACGACGAGAAGAGAAAUUUGGGCUUGGUAUGCAUACUAUUGCGGCAAUAGUGGUCUAGGACCUUUCAACUUCGCGAUCUCCGCUUGGCAGAAUCUUCUGUACCAGGCUGGAUGGGACCCCGCUUUUCCCGCUCGAUCGGUGCCAUGUGGAGAUGGUGGCUGCGUGAUCAAUGCAUUCGGUAGCACCCGAACCAUCAACUCUACUGUUCUCAUUACGAACGGUCUAUCCUUCGCAAUCCAAGCUGCUCUCUUCCUGGUUAUCGGGAGUUUUGCUGACUAUGGCCGCUGGAGACCCUAUAUCACGAUAGUCUUUACAAUCUUGACAUGGGCAGUCAGCUUCGCCUGGCUAGGUGUUCAGUCACCCGAAAAGUGGCAGAUCGGAACCGGGCUAUAUAUCGUUGGUUUGAUCGGCUACCAAUUUUCUUUGACCUUCUGGACUGCAGCUUUCCCGGGACUAGCAAGAGACUUGCCGGAAUUGAAGGAGAGCGAAGAGAAAUUGAAGACUGGCGAGACUGACCAAAAAUCACAUGACGAGCUCGAUAUGCUCGCUCGAAACCGCUUGUCAAAUGUGUCCUUCUUCGUCUGCUCGGCUGGCGAACUCGUCAUCCUGGCCGUUCUGGCCGGUAUUCUGGUUGGUAUACACGCGGACAGAGAUACGGAGAGCAAUACUAGGGCUUUCAGUAUCGUCUGCGCCUAUAGUGCUGGAGUUUGGAUGCUUGUUGGGAUCCCUUGGUUCUUCAUCGAGCAGCAUCGACCAGGAGCACAGCUGCCACCCGGUACCUCGUACAUAACGAUUCCUUUCAAGCAAAUCUAUCACGCUUUCCGGUUGUGUUUGCGUUUAAAGCAGACUUUCAUCUACCUGUUGGCAUUCUUCUUACUCUCGGAUACUCUCAAUACUAUAGUCAUUGCUACUCUACAAAACGAGAUUGUUAGCUACAAUACACAGACCUUGAAUUACCUCCUCAUAGAUGGGAUCGCGGCGCAAGCUCUAGGCAUUGGAGCGUUUUGGGUGGUGCAGCGACGUUUCAAAAUCAAAACGAAAACCAUGUUGAUGUUUAACGCAUUCUGGACUCUGGUGCUUGCCGCUUGGGGAUGUGUCGGUAUAACCCAAACCAAGCUUGGAUUUCACAACGUAUGGGAAGUCUGGGCGUAUCAGGCCUUUUAUGGAGUAUUCGUAUGUCCCUGGUAUGCGUUAUCGCAGACGAUGAUCUCCGAGGUCGUUCCACGGGGCAAGGAGUUUCUUUUCUUCGCUCUCUUCUCUAUCAUCGGCAAAACAUCCUCCUUCGUCGGUCCUUUCGUAUCGAGCGCAAUUAUUGAUGAUUCAGGCAACACGAAUAUGCCCUUCGUCUUCCUGCUCGGUCUCGGCAUCGUUGCCGUCAUCAUCCUCUACUUUGUAGACGUGGAGAAAUCGAGGGUCGAGUGUAGGAAGUAUCUCGAUGGGGAGGCUAGCAGGAUUUACGGGUUUGAACCGAGUGAUGCGGGGAGUUAUAGUAUGGAAUAGGCAGUUGUAUGCGAGGAUCUGAAACUAGGUCAAUAUGGUAAAGAUAAACAGGCGCAACUGCUUGAAUGCACAACCGUUGUAGCAAGCUUCGUAUAAGAUGAACGAGUAUAGAUAUCGAUGCGAAAAAGCUGC